UGGCUGGGAAGGCGGAGCGCCUAUGAACCAGAGAAAAGGCUCUACGGAGGCCGGAGGAAUGGUGGAGGUGGAGGCAGGGGGGGGGGGGAUCGUGGGCAGCAGCAGCGGUAAGAACUCUGGCUGUUUCUACCCGUUUCUCGUCCGGUCUCCCGGGACCCACUUCCAGGGAGGGUGGUGUGGGCGCCCGCCCCUACUUCAGGAGAAAUCAAACUGGGACUGGUGGCUACCGAGCCAAUCCCGGAGCAGAUGGGCCAGUUUCGACCAAUAGCCGCCGUGAAUAUUAAUGAAAACUGACGCGGCGGCGAGCAGCUCUCAUUCAAAAACAGCAGCUAUUGUCGCCACGGGAAGCGCGUGUCGCCUUGCAGGUUCUGCCUUCUGGUCUUGCGGGGACCGACACGGGUGGAAGCUGGGCGCCCAUGGCCGUGGCAGCGAUGGCCGAGCGUGGCCGCCUGUCGCACGCUGCGCCCGCUCCUAGCACGGAGGGGCUACCGCGAGCCUUUCUCCAGAGCCUGCGCACCCUCUUCGACAUCCUGGACGACCGGCAGCGCGGCUACGUGCACCUGCGGGAGAUCGAGUCCCGCUGGCAAGGUGCAGACGCACGCGAGCUGCCCUGUGGCGUGCUCGAGGGCCUGCGCCAGGUGGCCCCGGCCAAUGGCUACCUGACCUUCGAGCGUUUCGUGGCGGGCUUGCGCACCUCGCUGCUGAAUGCCGAUGGCGGCCCGCGGGAUCAGGCACGCGUCGCGGCCCGGCCUGGGGACCAGUCGUCCCUGCAGCAGCGCCUGAUGUUCGCACCGGCCGAUGAGCCGCGGACUGUCCUGGAGAGGAAGCCUCUGCCUCCGAGUGCGCGCCCUGCUCCCGCUGGCCCCAGUGGCACCUCCCGGAACCCUGAGCUAUUAUGUGUCCCGGUGGAGGCGGCGCCCUGCCCCACAGAGUCCGAGCGGCCCCUGAACAAGGCGCUGGAGCGAAUCCCCAGCGCAGAUUCGGGUGCAGCAGCCUGCAAGACCCUGGACAUGGGCACAGGUGAAGCCCGGCAGACUCCACGGGCCCGAGGCGAGCGUCGAAGGCAUACCAUCACCAACGGUGUGGACUGCAGCCUGUUGAAGCAGAUGAAGGAGUUAGACCAGGAACAGGAGGUGCUGCUGCAGGGCCUGGAGAUGAUGGCUCGGGGCCGAGAAUGGUACCAGCAGCAGCUGCAGCGUGUGCAGGAACGUCAACGCCGCCUGAGCCAGAGCAGAGCUGCUGCUGACUUUGGGGCUGAAGGAAGCCCCCGCCCUCUGGGGAGGUUGCUGCCCAAAGUACAGGAGGUGGCCCGGUGCCUGGGGGACCUGUUGACUGCAGCCUGUUCUGGCAGAGCUCUGCCUUCGUCUUCUUUGGGGCCCCUGGGCCCCACCUCACCCUCAACUCCAGUCUGGCAGCAACAGACCAUCCUCAUGCUGAAAGAACAGAAUCGGCUUCUCACUCAGGAGGUGACUGAUAAGAGUGAGCGCAUCACGCAACUGGAGCAGGAGAAGUCUGCACUCAUCAAGCAGCUGUUUGAGGUCCGAGCGUUCAGCCAGCAGGAUUCGGGGCCUCUGGACUCCACUUUCAUCUAGUUGGUUGUACCGCUCUAGGACCAGUGCACACAGACGUAGCUUCAGCUCCAUGGCACUGCUGGGAGCCUGUAUUCUGACUGAAGACCACCAAUUGGCUUAGACCUCAGAGCCCUUGAGGAGGCAUCUGUCUCCAGACUUGGGUGCUACUAGAGAUGUGCUCUGCCUGAGGCUGCUACUUCCCAUUGUCAGUGGGUAGUGGAGGAUCAUCAUCAUGUUUAGCUAAUUUCAGGCAGCCCUUACAGAGAAGGGGGCAUGUUUACAUCUGUCCUGACCACUCUUGCAGGUUCCUUGGGAUCACUGGUGUUUAGUAAAAAGUAUUGGUCACACGGGGCUGUAUUUCUCAUAAUGCCCAGCAGGGGCCACUGGUUGAGCUAGGUUCCUCUGCCCCUAUGUCUCACCGUGGUAUUAUUACUGAGUGAAUGAGCAAGUAGAUUUUUGUGCUGAGGGUGGUGGGCUAGGAAGCCUGGAGACCAGGAGGUUAGGGAUUCCUUCUCUCCACCAGGGGCACUAUAGAAAGGUGGUUGUGGCUCAGAUAGGAGCCAAAAGGGAGACAUGGAAUUGGGAGUAGGAUGGGGCCAUCUAAUAGUGGGCUCUAUGCCUGUUGGAAGAGCCACAAAGUCAGGGGUUGUGUAUAACAAAGGCUGAGAAGGAAAAUCUGGCUGCAGCUGGACCAGGUCCCUAGAAAUAAGCCAAUAGCUUGGUUUACCCACCUUAUCAAAACUGUCUGGAGAAAGACAGCAUCAAGGUAGCUCAGGUUGUGGCCGCCCCCCUAGGGAGGUCCUAUCCCCCUAAAUGGAUAAGUUUGGGCCUUCCAGCCAAGUCAUGAAGUGCACCAUGGGCAGAAUACACGAUUUAAAGACAGUUUCUCUGUGUAGCCCUGGCUGUCCUGGAACUAUCUCUGUAGAGCAGGCUGGUCUCAAACUCUCAGAGAUCUGCUUCUCUGGUACUGGGAUUAAAGGCAUGUGCCACCACACCCAGCACAUCUGCAUCUUUUAAUGCCC